GACUACUAUGCUCUCCUCUCCGUCUCGCCUUCGGCGUCACCCGCGCACAUAAAGGCGGCCUACCACCGCGCCCUCCUGGCCUCACACCCCGACAAGCGCUCCUCAGCCACAGUCGACUCCGCAGAUAUCGGACUACUUCAGCAGGCGUUCCACACCCUCCAUACGCCCGACUUGCGGAAGGAGUACGAUGCCCUGAAGGCAUCCUCUGAAAAGAAGAAUGGUCCGAGGCCUGCGCAGGUCAUUUCGUUGGAGGAAUUCGAGGAGAGGGAAGAUGCGGAGGAUAGUCUUUGGGUGUAUCCGUGUCGGUGCGGAGGCCAGUACGUUGUGACGGAGCAGAUGCUCGAUGCGGGGCAGCACUUGGUGGGGUGCGCGAGCUGCUCUGAGGUUGUGUGGGCAGGAUAUGAACUAGCCGAGACGGAGACGCUGUGA